GAAGUUGUCUCUCUAUCAACAUUUAAUAAAAGGUUGAGACUUAUUAGGGUGGUGUGUCUUUGACUUGGACUGACACCUUCCACCCUCUACACCCCUCUCAUUUCAUUCAAUUAUAGAAUCCCAAUCCCCCCCACACCUCCCCCACUCAAACCAUACACAUUUCCUUCAAGAAACCAUACACAUUUUCUUCUCUACCCUCUUUAAUUCCACAUUAACUCUCCCUCUCUCUCUCUCUCUCUCCCUAGUCCAUACCCUUAGCACCUCAAUUAAUUAGCCAACACACACAGAGACACGCUAUAUACCUACCGCGCGCGCGCGCUGCUUCAUUUCGGCGAUGGGCGGCAUAUUUCGCCAUAAUUUGCAACACACAAAGACACACUACUCAAGUUGUUGCUUCUCUUUUGCUAAAAUAGCUACUUUAACUUUCCUUUUGCUUACUCCACUUGUUUCUGCUUUUCGUCUAAACCCCACAACAACACUCAUUGGUAGUGAGUCAGAGGGAAUUGAAGGAGUUGCGACUGAGAGAAGACUGAGUGGACUAGGUUCAUCACCACCCACCUGCAGAUCCAAAUGUGGAAGGUGUACCCCUUGUAAACCGGUUCGGAUCUCAAUUCAACCCGGUUUUAGUUUUACUCUAGAGUACUACCCUGAAGCGUGGAGGUGCAAGUGUGGAAACAAUCUCUUCAUGCCUUAGACAAAAAAAAAAUACUUACUAGAAGUAGUAGAUUACUCUUUGUAUUUGUAUAUUAAUUUUUUCACUUUGUACCAAUUAAUCAAUUAUUCUACUCUCUUUCUUCACUUGCCUAUAAUAGUGAAAUGCCCCACCAAUUAGUGU